AUGCGCGAAGGCGAUGUGGCCGAGGCGGCAACGGCUGCUCUCGAGCCCGGCGGGGGGCGGCGUCGGCGGCGUCCUCGCGGCCGGCCUCCUCUUCCUGCUGCUCGGCUCGUCUCCCGGCGCCUGCCUGCGACACCCGGCGGCGGGCGGCGGGAGGAGGUCCCCGGGCCCCCCAGUCUUGCUGGCCUCAGCAAUUGGUUCAACUUUCUUCCCCUUGUUCUCCUUUCAGUGCCGGGGGAUUUGGGUAACCAGCUAGAAGCAAAAUUGAACAAACCCUCUGUGGUGCAUUACCUCUGCUCCAAGAAGACAGACAGUUACUUCACGUUGUGGCUGAACUUAGAGCUGCUUCUUCCUGUGAUCAUUGACUGCUGGAUUGAUAACAUCAGGCUGCUGUACAAUCGAACAAGUGGGACCACUGGCCCACCCAAUGGGGUGGAUAUCAAAGUCCCUGGAUUUGGGCAAACUUUUCCCUUGGAAUUCCUUGACCCAAGUAAAAGAAGCGUUGGCACCUACUUCUACACGAUAGUGCAGCAUCUGGUAAACUUGGGCUAUCGACGGGAUGACGACAUUAGAGGCGCUCCCUAUGACUGGCGGAAGGCACCAAAUGAAAACAGAGACUACUUUGUGGCUCUCCAGAAGCUGAUAGAGAUGAUGUAUGAAGAGUUUCAAGAACCAGUGGUCUUAAUCGCCCAUAGCAUGGGGAAUCUGUACACCCUCUACUUCCUCAGCCAUCAGCCUCAGGAUUGGAAAGACAAGUACAUAAGGGACUUUGUGUCUCUGGGUGCUCCAUGGGGAGGUGUGGCUAAAACCCUCCGUGUAUUGGCAUCAGGAGACAACAACAGGAUCCCUGUCAUCAGCUCCCUUAAGAUCAGGGACCAACAGAGAUCUGCGGUUUCGACCAACUGGCUGCUGCCUUACAAUUACACGUGGCCUCCCAACAAGAUCUUCGUCAGCACGCCGACUGCCAACUACACCAUUCAGGAUUUCCAAAAGUUCUACGGAGACAUUGGCUUUGAUGACGGCUGGUUCAUGAGGAAAGAGACCGAGUCCCUCGUCUACGAGAUGCCUCCCCCGGGGGUGCGCAUACACUGUCUUUACGGCACUGGGGUGGAGACCCCUGACUCGUUCUUCUAUGAGUCCUUCCCAGACAAGGAGCCAAAGAUAUUCUAUGGCGACGGUGACGGAACGGUGAAUGUGGAAAGUGCUUUGCAUUGUCAGAAGUGGGUGGGGAAGCAGAAGCAGGAGGUGAUCCUUCACAGGCUGUCGGGAAGCGAACACAUCGAGAUGCUUUAUGACGCCCACACCAUUUCCUAUGUAGAUAACGUUCUCUUUGGCUCAUGA